UUUUGUUUGUUCGUCCCACCAAAUUUAUGAUUUGUGUGAUUGCCCGACCAAGAAGAAGACAGAUUCUCAGAUUUAACCACUUUUAUUUAUCGUCACUUGUUGACCAGGAUUCGUUGAUCCUCGCCGCUGGAUGCACGUCGUUGCUCCCUCGUCGUCCUUCCGUCGUACGCCUGCGUCGCUGCCGACGGGGAUCCGUACCGGCUCGCCUGGGGCUUAGGAUGUUAUGGGGCAGGGUGUAUCGUCCACGAGUUAAGCUAGCGCUCCCCUCCGAACCACCGUUGCGACCACUGACUCCACUGUCCCUUUCUGACUACGCUAGGUCCUCGCCGAAGGAUAACCUGCGGGCUCGACCGGGGCUUAGGAUGUUAUGGGGCAGGGUGUAUCGUCCACGAGUUAAGCUAGCGCUUCCCUCCGAACCACCGUUGCGACCACUGACUCCACUGUCCCUUUCUGACCACGCUAGGUCCUUGUGUUCGCUCGUCCUUCGCUGAUCUUCACGUGCGGCGAUCCACUCUGGAUGCCCGCUUGACGCACUUGUGUUCCCGUCGUUUCACUGUCACUCGGUAUCGACUCUUCGCGUACUUCUUCGCUUUCCGUAUGGCUGUAAGGCUCUCGCGUACUUCUUCUUGACUGUCCCGAGCUGCGCCGGCGCCGUCCCUUAUAU